CACGUUUCGGCGCUCGCCGAGGGAAAAGAGACGCCGCGAUCGUGACUUCGGGACAUGAGAGCGACGAUGAAGCCCGCCAGCCUGCACAGCAGUACCUAAGGACUUACGUUCGUUAGAAACAGUACGUCCUACAAAGGAUUCGGCCAUUUCACUCGGGAUUUACUACAUAGGUUCGAUCCUUGCUCCUAAACUUCGUCCUGAAACAAUCGAGAGAGGCUACCCUUUCUACCAACGAGGUGAAAAUUGUUCAAUCAGUGUUAUUUGAUGUGGACAGACUACUAUUAAUAUUAAAAGUGUUCCCCUAUUGUGUGUCUUAUUGUGAGAAGUUCUUGGGAUUCACAGUCAAAGACACAAGAACCAUGUCAUCAGGCGCAGGUUCCAGUGGAACUAGCCGGGGGCGUGGUUCAUUGGCAGACAAUAAGCCAGAGAGCAAGGAGGCAAAGCCGAAUCCAAAGAUGUCUAAAGCUUUAGGAACAUCCGCCAAAAGGAUACAAAAAGAAUUGGCAGAGAUCACAUUAGACCCACCGCCAAAUUGCAGUGCAGGACCUAAGGGAGACAAUUUAUAUGAAUGGGUAUCAACAAUACUUGGACCUCCUGGAUCAGUCUAUGAAGGAGGAGUAUUUUUCCUAGAUAUACACUUUUCUCCAGAAUAUCCAUUCAAACCUCCAAAGGUAACAUUCCGGACACGCAUCUACCACUGUAACAUCAACAGCCAAGGUGUAAUAUGCUUGGACAUAUUAAAGGAUAAUUGGUCUCCUGCGCUAACCAUUUCGAAAGUUCUGUUAUCCAUCUGUUCCCUUUUGACUGACUGUAAUCCAGCGGAUCCCUUAGUAGGAAGUAUAGCAACGCAAUAUCUACAAAAUAGGGAAGAGCACGACCGUAUAGCGCGGCUGUGGACUAAGCGUUACGCCACAUGAAUGAUUUCUCUCUUUUUUAAGAAAAAAAUUGUCCUCGUUCCUUCAAACCGAAGAACGCUCAUAUAAAGGAGCUCGUUUAACUACAUUAAAAAUUUUGAUUAUUCGGACCGAUCAAUUAUUCUUAAUAAAUUAAUUAAACGAA